CUGCUGCGGCGGGGGGAUUCUCUGCGGGGUGGCAUGGAAAGGAAACAAGUUUCCGACCGACAACCGAAUGGGACCUUUAAUCCACCGCCGGGGACGAGCGAGCGGGAGCGUGCCGCCGCUCGGUGCCACCACGGGGACCCGCGGCCCUGUGUGCGGUCGCGCAGCCUCACGGAGCGAUCGAGGCGCAGCGCGGAGCCGCAGAGCGCAGCCGCCGCUCGGACACACGCACCGCCGACUGGAACCCGCCGGAACCGACCGGAUGCUGUCGUCUCCAUCCACCACCUCCUCCACGCCGCUGUCACAUGACACAGUGACCUCUGACCACCGACGUGUUGCCAUGGAAACCUACUGGAGGGAGGUGCAGAGCAUCGAGGAGGAGAAGGAAGGAGAAGAGGAGGAGGAGGAGGAGGAGGAGAGGAAGAGUAUGGAUGAGGUGGAGCUGGAGGAGGCGUGGCUGAUGGAGGCGGGGCUAUCCUCCCUGGUGACCGGCUCGGCGGCGCCAGAGGAAACGCUCCCACCGGCCGAAGUUCUGCUGUCCACGCUGACCCGGCAACAGGUGACCACGGUGAGGAGGAGGCUGGACAACUACAACGAGACACUGAAGAAGAGAAACAGGCAGCCAAUCAGAGACGUCCGCGACGUCUUCACUGAGCCUGACGAUGACUCAGCAGACAGACGCCCUUCCCCUCCCUCCCAUCAUGCAGAGUCACCUCCAAGUCAUCACCACGCCACCACCAAGACCAUCCGCAGGAACGCUCACAGAGUGCGACCGACUCUUCCUAUGUUUGUCUAUGAGGAUCAACUACCUGAACAUCCAUCAUCACCCACCAACACACACUCUCCCACACUCACCCCCUCCCCUCCUCACACACACCUGCCGCCCACUGGUCGGUUGAGACGAGCUGAUUGGCUGCUGCGGGACACUCCGUACUCAGAGGGCGUGUCUGAGCACAAAAGGGGCGGGACUUGUUGGGACUGCCUGCGUUUCCAUGGAGAUGACAACAGUGAGCUGCAGUUUGUACCUGUCUCUCCCUCUGAGGGUCUCACCUGUGCAGACGACCUAUCAUCACGUGACCUCACUCGGCUUGGCUUCAUCUCCCAUAUUGAGGUCUCCACCUUCCUGCUCGCUCUGGGUGUCCACACCAAACGCACCCGCCCGCUGCGCCGCCGGACCUGGGACUCUGGAGUGUUCGGUGUUCCUCUAAACUCACUGCUGGAGAACGACAAGAAGAAGUUUCCUGGAGUCAAAGUUCCUGUGGUCUUCCAGAAGUUGUUGUGUAUCUUGGAGCAGACUGGGCUGCAGACAGAGGGGAUCCUCAGAGUUCCAGGAUCAGCUGCCAGACUGAAGUACCUGCGCAGAGAGCUAGACAGGUGUUGUGGAGCCUUCGACUGGUCUGCAGUCAGACAGGUGGACGCUGCAGGUUUGCUGAAGCUCUUCAUCAGAGAGCUGCCAACACCUCUGCUGACUCAUACUCACCUGUCCACCUACCGCUCACUGCUGGGUGUGUCCUCUGAGGUCCAUCAGGUUCAAGCUCUCCAGCUGCUGUCACUGCUGCUGCCUGAAGUCCACAGAGACACUCUGAGAGCCCUGCUGGUCUUCCUCCGUAAGGUGGUCUUUCAUCAGGACCAGAACCGCAUGUCUGUGUGGAACGUCUCCAUGGUGAUGGCACCCAAUCUGUUCACCUGCUGUCACCGCAGCAACAAGUCCUCCAUCGCUAAGCAACGGGAGGAGAUGGAGGAGGCGGUGGGAGCGGCUCGGCUGAUCCGGCUGAUGAUCAUACACCAGGACCUGCUCUGGACCGUACCCACCUUCCUGCUGUCGCAGGUGAGACACAUGAACCAGGCGUCCAAUCAGAAGCAGCUUGGCCUGAGCAGGACGACAAGACGACUGCUGAGGAGGAGGAACGACAAGAACGACAGAAACCAGGUCACGGAGCUGUGUGAAGGUGUGAUCCGGGUGCACGCCCCUCAACAUACCAAGGUUUCCACGGCGAUACAGCUGGACGAACAGAUGACGGCUAGAGACGUGACGUCACGCUUCAAGUGCGAGGACAUUCCUGUUCAGCAUCUGUAUGAGGUCGGAGGAAACAUCUGUGAGCGCCGGCUCCAUCCAGACUGUCUUCUACUGGACGUCUACAGAGUCAACCCUCACUGUGAUUGGUUGAUCAAACCUUGACCACCUGUCUCACCUCCUCACCUGUCCCACCUGAGUGGCUUCCCAGCUGGUGCCUGAUCAGUGUUAUUGAUGAUGUGACAGUUGCUGUAAACCCUAUUAAAGCUGAGUUGCUCUCUGUC